AAGACUGCCAACUGUAACGCUGCUUAUUUUCACACACACAACGCACUAAAACAUCAUCUCUCAAUCUCAAAUUCCCCAAAAUUCCAGAAUCCAAUCUACAACAAGACCCCACAAAUUCUCCUCCCAGAAAUCAUCACAAAUCUCACAAACUAAACUAAUAAUGGGACCGUCUCAAUCUCUCCUUCUUCUCCUCCUCCUCGCCCUCUCUCUCUCCUCCACCUCCUCAACCGACUACUCCGCCCUCGUCUUCAAAGGCUGCGCCGACCAGAACUUCCAAAACUCCAACGGCCUCUACACCGGCACCCUCCGCGCUCUCUUCGACGCGCUCAUCUCCCAAUCCUCCUCCGCCAAGUUCUACAAAACGACGUCGGGCGACGGCACCUCUGCUGCUGUGAGCGGCCUCUUCCAAUGCCGAGGCGACAUCUCCAACAGCGACUGCACCAAUUGCGUCAGGAAAGCCCCCAAUCUGGCGCAGAAGCUCUGCGGUGAAGCGAUCGCGGCCAGAGUGCAGCUCAACGGCUGCUACCUCCGCUACGAGAUCUCCGGAUUCAGGCAGGUCAGCGGCGUCGAGCUGCUGUACAAGAUAUGCGGCACCACCAGGGCGAACGGGGGCGGGUUUGGGGACAGAUUGGAUCUGGCGCUGGGGGAGAUAGUGAAGGGAGUCGCGAACGGAGGAUUCUACGCGGCGGCUUAUGAGUCGGUGUACGUGCUAGGUCAGUGCGAGGGAGAUCUGAGCGGCGGCGACUGCGUGAGCUGCGUGAAAUCCGCGAUCGACAAGGCGAAAUCGGAGUGCGGAAGCGCGAUCUCGGCGCAGAUAUACCUUCAGACUUGCUACAUUAGCUACACCUAUUACCCCAACGGCGUCGCCACCAACAACCAGCAACCGCAAUUUUCAUCGUCAGGGGCGCAAGGAUGGAACAGAGAGAAGAUAAUUGCAGUUGUGCUGGGCGGAGCAGUAGGCGUGGGGCUGGUUAUGGCGUGUUUGUUGUUCACAAAAUCAGUUUUCAAGAAAAAGCACCGUAAUCACAAAUAUGGUGGAUGAUGUAUAAAUCAAUCACAUUCCCAAAUAUUUACAAAUUUCGAAGUUUAGCAGCUUGUUAAUUUUUUUUAUUGUUCAAAUUUUGGGGAAAUUGGGAUAUCUGAAAUGCAUAAAAAAUGGGGGAUUAUUAUUGUAAAGCUUUUCUUCUCCUUUUUUUUGAUUGAAGAAAAUUGAGAGAUGUCUAUUUCAGAAGUAAAGGUAGCAUGCA